UAGAGGGGAAAGUCUUGCGUGCAUGGCAGGGACGCUUUGCCUGGACAGUCUACGAGUGAAGGUGAGAGUCCGAGUCUGAUUAUGCUGUGGAUUCCGGAACCUUGGGCUAUCAGCUGUCUCAGCUCAGAUACACUACUUCUACUUGCCAGCGCCCGUGCUUUCCAUUUAUUCGGUCAAAAUGAUGGAUAUAUUUAUGCUCCAACAGAUCAUUGCAAGGAUGCAAACCCGACACAUAAGUUGCAGUCGCAUUGGCGGAGAAUUACGAUGGCGCGGCUCCGACCAACGUACAUAUGGAUGCAAUUUCAGAAUCUCGUGGUCGAGGUCUCAUUAAUAAGGCAUACAGUCGAACCACAAGUCCGCGCGAUUCAUUCCUGUUCCUUCACCGUGCCACCGUGGCCCAGAUAGAUGGAAGCACCUCUCAGCACGAAUGAGUUACAGCCAUCUGGGGUUCAUGCCUCUCGGUCACUUUUCAUCAUGUGUGUGCUCAGACAGCAGAACUCCGCAAUCAGCUGUCUGGGCAUCAAAGACUGGGUUGAUUGCUAGACGUUCUUGCGGAUAAUUUGAGCUUGCCACUUGGUGCAAGUGUGGGCGGGCGGUUCACUGACUUCCAGUAGUGACACAACAAGAAACGGGUUUGUCUACAUAAGCCUCGUCUUAAGUAUACUUUGAAACACCAUAACUUAAAUAAAU